CUUUAAAGUGAACUUUCCAAAAGCAGAUUUCAUGUUUAGUAAGUAUUCAUUUCUUGCAUAUGAUGAAUGGAGAGAGUUCCGGGCGUGUCUUUAUCACUCACAGUCUCACACAAUGUCCUGCAUUCAUUCAUGUGUGUGUGCUGGGCGGAAGAGUGGAGGUUUCUCAAACUAAAAGCAGCAGGAGUUGUGUGACAUAAAGAAAGAGUCGAAGAUGCACUAUUACAGAUAUGAAAAUGCAGAGGUCAGCUGUUGCUACAAAUACCUCAUGUUCAGCUACAACAUUAUCUUCUGGCUGGCCGGAACAGCAUUCAUCGCAAUUGGCUUCUGGGCCUGGAGUGAAAAGGGUGUACUAUCAGAUCUGACACAAGUAACACGUCUACAUGGUUUUGACCCUGUUUGGGGCGUGCUUGUGGUGGGCACUGUCACAUUUAUUUUAGGCUUUGCAGGAUGUGUUGGAGCACUCAGGGAAAACAUCUGCCUGCUGAAGUUUUUCUCUGGAGUCAUAGGGUUAAUCUUCUUCCUCGAGCUGACUGCUGCAGUGCUGGCAUUUGUGUUCCAGGGGCAAGUUAGGGGAUGGAUAAAUGAUUUCUUCUUAGCCAAUGUGAAGGCUUACAGGGAAGACAUUGAUCUACAGAACCUGAUUGACUCCAUUCAGAGACUAAAUCAUUGCUGUGGAGCUAAAGACCCCAACGAUUGGGAUCUGAAUGUGUAUUUUAACUGCUCAAUGAGUAAAUACAGCAGAGAGAAAUGCGGAGUGCCUUUUUCAUGCUGCCUCAAUGACCCUGCUGAUACAGUGGUGAACACGCAGUGCGGAUAUGAUGUAAGAUCAUCUGGCACACUGUCCCAGUGGAGCAGCACCAUUUAUGUCAAAGGAUGCAUUACAGCUUUAGAGGACUGGCUUCCACGGAAUCUCUACAUUGUGGCUGGAGUCUUCAUAGUCAUAUCACUGUUACAGAUGGUGGGAAUCUUCUUUGCAAGGACAUUGAUUGGAGACAUUGCAAAGGUCAAAUUUAAUAAUUACUGAGCUCUUAUAUCUGUGGAAGCAACUGGAGAGCACUAUAUGGAAAAAGAACCGGACCCUGUUUUAUGACUCUGCCUCUUUUUUUUCUUUCUUCUGCAUUUACUUUGUGGUGGCCAAGCACAUGUGUGGAGAAAGGGACUCCAUUCACUGGACCCCCUCUUUAUCAUUUCUUAAGACCAUUUAUUGAAUAUGGAACCAUCUUGCUAAUUUGGAUACCGUCACAGGUGUGCAUUUGCUCUUCUACAAGUGUUUCUUGGAUAAUUUAGCUCCAGGUCUGUUUUAUUUAUUUUUAUUUGUUAUUAUUGACCCACUAUUAAGCAAACAUUUGUAUCUUUUAAAACCACUAAUAACCAAGCAUUAUGGACAUAAUGGGAUCUUAUAUCAACAGACCAUAACCUGUAAUCUAACCUAAAAUGUAAUUAUAAUCUGGAACAAAAGUUGGCCAACCAAGCUUUAAUUACUGAAACAUAUCAGUAUGGUCCUCUUGCACACAAUGCUAAACAUAGUGUCAUGACUUUUCUAUUGUCAACAGAAUUGAGAAUUAGUACAAAAGCACUAUAAGAAGCAUGUUUAAAUGUACAUUUAUAUCAAAAAAUUUUCUCUGACAAAAAAAAAAGCAACAUUUUUUGGCAAAGGAUAGUGCUGAUUAACUGGCCUCCAAUUGUGAAAAGUUUAAUGAAGGGGUUGAAUUAUAAAAAAUUAUAAAAAAAGUUUUCAAACUAUAGUAAAUCAUUUUUUUCUUAAUAUCAUAAUUCAGGUGGUUAGACAUAAUUCAUUUGUAUACAGUCAAAGGUUCUGCUUUGUGUAAACUGGAAAAAAUGCAGAAAGAAUAAAUAUGUCAAUAACUGACCAGAAGUCGCAGGCAAACACAAAAUGUCCGUGAGAAUCCAGUUGGGUAGGUAUCAGAGAAGAUUAGGAGAUAUUAGAAGAUUAGGGAGCCUAUCUAAUGUAUCAGUCGAUUUUCUGUUUGUGAUUCUGUAUUUGAUCAUGAGCAACUCAUUUAAACUUGUUUUCAAGUGAAGCCUUUGAAUGAUGUGAGAUCAUUUUAACUGUGGAACCGUUUGAACAUGUAGCUUUCUCUGUGAUGAAUUUGAACUCAUUCAUUUCAUAUAAGAGCGAUGAGACCCUUACAAAUCACUCAAGUUUGAUGGUAGACACCAUAUGUUAUUUUCUGAAGUACACAUGCCAUUGCCUUGAGAUGCCAACUCUUACCUCAUUGUCACUCUUAACACAGGUGACUUAAUGCACAAAGAAGGUCGUGCCUUUUCGUCAAUUGUAGAAAUGUACAUUGUUUCAUGCGUUACCUAGAUCGAGGGAAAUCAAUAUUGUAACUAUUAGGUUAUUGUUCUGUCAUCUUGGAUCUUUUUAUUAUGAAAUUGAUAUUAGGCAAUGUAUCAAUCAUUGCAUAUCAGGUAAUACCUUCUGCAUUCAUUUGGAAAACUAACUGCCUUUAGAAAAAUUCCUACUUGCAACACAACAUUAAUGCUGAAGUGUGUUAUUUCUGUGUCACUCAUGUUGCCAAAUAGAUUUUAAUUCAGAGAUUCCAAAAAGCUCCCCUUGUCUGUUCAUUGGUUGUACAAAAAGAUAGCUUUGUUUAGCUGGACAAGCCUCUCAAACAGAGAAAAGUUUUAAUAUUGGCACAGAGCCAUAGUCUUAAACUUAUAUGAAAAAUCUUCCUACAAAUGACUUCUUUAUAAUUGACACUGCAUAUUAAGCUGGGAAAUUACAUUUUUUUACAUAAAAAUUACAUCAGCAACAAUAUGUAUUCUGAUAUAAAUGUGACCACUUGCCUGUCUUUACCACUCUAUAGACCAAAGACUCCUACUGUGAACACUUCUGGCUUUUCUUUUCACAAUUCUAUUAUAGUAUACUUGUGUAAAAUGACCUCUACAAGAAAAUUAUGGGGGAAUUUUUUUUUUAAAUCUUCUAAAUGCAAAGUGCACUAUUUUGUCUUUUUUUUUUCUUUCUUUCUUUUUCCCCCAAAGUGUGUGUACAUACCACUGUGUAGUGUUAAAGGUAUAAUUCACCCAAAGCAUUUUCCAAACCCAUAUGACUAUUUCUUCUAUUGAACACAAAACGAGAAGUUAGAAAAAUUGUUUUUGACAUAGUCACCAUUAACCACAAAAUGGAAGUGAACAGUGACUGUGGUGGACAUCUUCAUGUUCCAUGGAAGAAAGAAGGUCAUAUGGGUUUGAAAAAUGAUAAAAAUGUUAUUUGUGGGUGAACUGUCCCUUAAGACUUGAUAGUGUUUUCACUAAAAUGCAGUACAGUUUUCCUUGAUCUUGCUGCAAGAGUCUCCUUUUUUCAUGAAGGGACUUUUUUGUUGAAUAUUUGAGAUGUUUGUAAAUAUUUUCAUAUUCCUUUUAAUUUUUAUAUCCAAUAAAUAAAUUUGAUCUUA